AGUUCAAAUCGGUGCUCUGGCCUGCUAUCAGGGGCCGCCGAUAACGCUACGCCGGCCGGGUGGCACCGACGCCGGACAACACGUGCUGUUCAGUCGACAGAGGAUCGGGCUCCUCCCGACCGGUACCGGCCGGCGGACACGGCGUGGCGUGCUUGAACGCGCUGGUUAGGAAGUGGAAGUGAAGCGCGGCUUCAGUGACCGUGUCUGAAGGCGUAUGAGUGACGGCUAAGGACGAGACGAGGUGACCUGCCUGAACACUGUGAACAGUGCACAGUGCAAUCGAUGUGAGCACAGUGAUCAGUGCACACUGACACAGUGGCUGACUCAUAAGAAGUGUACUGGGCUAGCUUCAAUGCUAAUGCUCCUGCUCCCCCAAAGCUGAUCUUAGCGGAUCAAUUUGAGGUCCCGGUUUCUGGUUUUAUAUUACCAAUUGCCGUUCUGUAGCAGCUUCGGCAAUAAUGAGGCGCCCUAUCAUCCUAGCGGCCGGGUUACUGGCUCUAUCGUCUCUCUUUCAGCCAGGCGGCGCCGAGACCACCGCCAGCUGCAAGGGUCAGCAGAGCUGCACUGCCUGCCUGACAGCCCACUCAGACUGUGCCUGGUGCAAAACGGAACGAUCGGAGGGCUUUCCGUACGACCACUGCGACCUGAGCGCGGUGAUUGCGCGCCUGUGCCCGCCUCCCGACAUCGUGUUCCCCCGGUCCAGUGUGGAGGCGGUGAAGAACACGUCGCUGUCGGAGCAGCAGUCGCCCAGCCAGCCGGUACAGGUGGCGCCGCAGCACCUGCGGCUCAAACUCAGACCGCACGAGCGGAAGGAGUUCGAGGUGAAGUUUCGCCAGGUGGCUGACUACCCGCUGGACUUGUACUACCUGAUGGACCUCACCGUCUCCAUGCGCGAGGAUAAGGAAACACUCGUGGCCCUCGGUGAGGACAUGACCAUCCUGCUGCGGCGGCUGACGAAGAACUUCCGCCUGGGCUUCGGCAGCUUCGUGGAUAAGCCCGUGAUGCCGUACGUGUCGCAGGCGGCGGGCACCAAGGAGAACCCGUGCGCCCUGUACAAGGACAUCACUUGCGUGCCCGCCUACGGCUUCCGGAAUCACCUGAACCUUUCCAAUGAAGUGAACCGAUUCACUGAAAAGGUGCGGCAGGCCGAGGUCUCAGCCAACCUGGACGACCUGGAGGGCGGCCUGGAUGCUCUGGUCCAGGUCGCCACGUGCUCUGACGUCAUCGGCUGGAACAAGAAGUCCCGUAAACUCAUCAUCUACACCAGUGACGGCUUAUUUCAUCUGGCCGGGGAGGGCUUGCUGGGCGGAGCUGCCAUGAGGAACGAGCUCGCCUGCAAGCUGUCCGACGACGGCUACUACGAGCGGACCAGAACACACGACUAUCCGUCUGUGGCCGAACUGGACCGGGUGCUCCGCAGGGAAAACAUGAACGUUGUGUUCGCCGUGUUCAGUGACGUGAGGAAGGAGUACGACAAGCUGGCGGAGUUGAUGAAGGCGAGCGUGCAGGUGGAGUCGCUCUUGGAUGACUCCUCCAACAUCCUGUCGGUGAUAAAACGCCAGUACGAGAGCAUCACGUCCAGGAUCGAACUGGUGGACGACUCCGGCGAUGAGAUAGCCAUCCGCUACCGCUCCAGCUGUCUGGACAACGAGCUCAAGCUGCGCAACAACUGCACUGGCAUCAAGACCGGCGACCUGGUCACCUUCUCCAUCGAGGUGGAGGUCCUCGGCUGUCCAAAACAAAAGAACCACACUAUCCACCUGAAGGACGUUCUGACCUCCGAGACAGUGCGAUUGGAUGUAGAGAUCGUCUGUGAAUGCGACUGCGAGCGACCCGAGCUCGUGCAGACCAACAGCCCCAAGUGCAGCGGCGUGGGCGCACUGCAGUGCGGCGUCUGCGACUGCCCCGAUGGAAGGGCCGGCUGGAGCUGCGAGUGCUCCGAGACUCUGAGCGGACAGUCGUGCCUGCCUGACAACUCGACCAGCGGACCCGAGUGUUCCGGACGCGGCGAGUGCGUCUGCGGCAAGUGCGAGUGCCACGCGGGCAGCACGUUCAACAUCACGGGCCAGUUCUGCCAGUGCGACAGCAGACUAUGCGACAG